AUGGUGUGUUUGUUGUGCAAUACAGUGUUAAAUACUUUAAAAAAAGCGAAUGCAAAUAAACAUUAUUUGACUCAUAAAGAGCAUAAAUAUUUCGCUUUAGAAGGUGAAUCGCGAAAAACUGCACUUCGAAAGUUGAAAAAUGAGAAGCAUCAUCAGCAGGCAUCUUUUAGUGCCUUUGUCAAUCAAAAUUCCGCUGCAGUUGCUGUUUCCUAUAAAAUAGCACAUAUACUUGGAAAACGGGGCAAACCAUUUAGUGACAUUGAAAUGAUUAAAGAAUGUAUUGUUGAAGCAGUGAGUAUGUUAGAUCCAAGAAAUGUCGACAAAUAUAAACAAUUACCUCUUUCGAGAAGAACUAUAACAGAUCGACAGCACGAAUUAGCGCAAAAUAUAACAGAGCAGCUUCAUACAAUUAUACGAAAUGAAGGUGUUUAUUUUUCAAUUGCGUUAGAUGAAAGCACUGAUAAAACAGAUUCAGCGCAAGUAUUAUAUUUUAUUCGUGCCGUAACUAAAGAUUUUCAAUGUUACGAAGAACUACUUGCGUUGGGUACACUAACUGGAAGAACUCGCGGAGCCGAUAUUUUUGAAAAUUUUAAAGAAGUAUGUGAUAAAUUACAAUUGAAUGUCAGUAAUUUAGUCAGUGUCUGCACCGAUGUAGCACCUUCCAUGAGAGGCAAAAAAGAAGGAUUCAUUGCAUUAUUGAAAAAAGAAAACUUAAACUUAAAAAAAUUGAUAUCAUUCCACUGCAUUUUGCACCAGCAAAAUCUUUGCGCGAAAUCAACUAUUUUGCAAGACACUCUGGAUAAAACCAUUGCAAUUGUCAAUUAUAUUUGCGUAAACGCAAUGCGUCAUCGUGAAUUUCGUCAAAUGCUCUUGUUAGAUGAGGAAACGUAUAGUGUUGACCUACCGUACUACUGCAAGGUUCGCUGGCUAUCAUCAGAACAAGGAAAGCUAUGUGAUCUAUCAGAUGAAGUAUUUCUGAGAAACCUUGCAUUUUUGGCUGAUAUGAUGACAAAGCAAAAUAAUUUAAAUAUUUGCCUGCAAGGUGAAACAAGAUAUAUUUAUGAAAUGUGGCAAAAGAUCCAAGCGUUUAGAAAAAAAUUAUUAUUUUUCAAAGCAUUGCUUUGUCGAUCGGAAAUAUCAGAACAAUUUUUCCCGGAGCUAACUAAAGUGUUAAAUGAGCAAAACUGUGAAAAUAAAGAAUUCGAUGAAUACGUAGGUGUCUUGGAUUGUUUAAUAGAAGAGUAUACUCAGAGAUUUUCUGAUUUUGACGAGCACACUCCUGCUAUGAAACUUGCAUUUGAACCACAUUUAAUAGAGAUAUCCGAUGCGCCUCCAGAAAUGCAAAUGGAGUUAAUUGAUUUAGGGGAAGAUAGUAUCAUCAAAUCUCUUUUUAACUCCAAAAAGGAUCCCAUAGAAAUUUGGAAAAAUGCUGUUGAAUAUCCACGCCUUCGAGAACACGCUCGCCGGUUACUUUCCUGCUUCGGAAGUACCUAUUGUUGUGAGGCAACAUUUUCCCUCUUGUCAAAAAUAAAAACGAAUUUGCGAACGCAAAUCACAGAUACACAUUUAGAGGAUCAACUAAAGCUGUGUGUUUCAAAGAUUGAUCCAAAUAUAAAAUUACUAUCAAGCAAAAAACAAAGCCAAAUAAGUCACUAA